AAGGAAUCUCAUUUCUGUACGCACAAAUGAAAUUGAGAGAGCAAUGCUUGGCAAAUUUUAGCCACUCAAUUCUUAUCUAUCUCCAAACAACUCAUACCCCACGGAUUCUGAGCCUCAAACUCUUUUGUAUUUGGUUUUGAGAGUUGUUGGGAUUCAUGGCUUCCAGAUGCAUUAGCUUCCAUCUCCAUCCCCAUCCCCAUCCCCACCUUUCUCUUUACUCUGCACUCCCCCAGAAUCCAAAACUAUCACGCCAUGCCCCCACUUCUUUGUUCUCAGCUGUCAAAACUGCCACAAUCAAGACCUCCCACUAUCAUAUUUAUCAAUCGUUUCCCAAAAGAUGUGCUACUUUAACUCCAAUGGCAUCUUCAGGUCAAUCAAGUGUUGGAGCAAAGUUUGAUGGAUUUGAACCUGACCAAACUUUCACCAAUGAUGAUCUCAAGCCGACAACCCCAAGUCAAAGGAACUUCCACUGGUGGGAAAUGGCCAGUCUUUGGAUUGGUCUUGUUGUUGGUAUCCCAUCCUAUUACAUGGCUGGUAGUCUUGUUGAUCUCGGGAUGGCUUGGUGGCAAGGGAUUGCCACUGUUGUUGUUGCCAACAUGAUUUUGUUAGUGCCAUUGGUUCUCACGGGUCACCCUGGCACCAAAUACGGAAUCUCUUUCCCUGUCUUGGCGAGAUCAUGUUUUGGUAUUCGUGGUGCCCAUGUUCCUACUUUGCUUAGAGCCUUGGUUGGUUGUGGGUGGUACGGGAUAGAGAGUUGGAUUGGAGGUGAGGCAAUUUUCCUCCUUCUCCCUAAUUCCAUUAAACAAUCUUCCUUUUCUCAACUCUUACCAUGGCUUGGCACUUCCCCUCUUGAAUUUGCUUGUUUUAUUGCCUUUUGGUCGGUCCAGUUGGCCGUAGUUUGGAAGGGAAUGGAAGGAAUUAGAGACCUUGAAAAAUACUCGGCUCCAAUUCUGAUCAUACUAACAUCCAUUCUUCUUAUUUGGGCUUAUGUCAAGGCUAAUGGUUUAGGCCACAUGUUAUCCUUAUCCUCUAGGCUAUCUUCCCCUGAGUUUUGGUCUUUGUUUUUUCCUUCACUCACCGCAAAUAUAAGCUUCUGGGCUACUAUAGCACUCAACAUUCCUGAUUUUACUCGGUUUGCCAAGACUCAGAGGGAUCAAAUUAUUGGUCAGGCUGGCCUUCCAAUCUUCAUGGGGGCAUUUACAUUUGUUGGCCUAGCUGUGACAUCAUCUACUACAGUAAUUUUCGGCCAAGUGAUCUCUAAUCCAAUUCAACUUCUUGGCCGAAUUGGAGGGUUCACAACAACCAUCUUAGCCAUUCUAGGAAUAAGCCUAGCCACCAUCACAACCAACAUAGCAGCCAACGUGGUUGCCCCAGCAAACGCAUUGGUCAAUCUAAGCCCUUCUCUAUUCACAUUCAGAAGAGGGGCUCUGCUCACUGCUUUGCUUGGCAUUGCUUUUCAGCCAUGGAGACUACUAAAAUCUAGUGAGAGCUUUGUAUAUACAUGGCUAGUGGGAUACUCUGCUUUGUUGGGUCCAAUAGGUGGCAUAGUCUUAGCAGAUUAUUAUCUUAUUCAUCAAACGGAUUUAAGCAUCAAGGACUUGUAUUCUUCAAGUCCCGGUGGGGCUUAUUACUAUUGUGGAGGCUUCAAUUUGGCAGCAAUGGCAGCUCUAGUAUUUGGGAUUUUGCCAGUAAUCCCAGGAUUCUUGCAAAAGGUGGGGAUUCUAUCGUCGGUUUCAGAUGUUUUUGUUGUCAUAUACAACAAUGCUUGGUUUUUCAGCUUCUUCUCUGCAGGUCUGUUAUAUUGGAUUUUGGCAAGUUUGAGAGGAAAGCAAAAUAAAUCUUUACCCUCAGAUCCCCUUUUGCCAACAAAAUCCUAAGGCAAGGCUUGUCUUUAACUUUAUUCCUUUGUAUAUUUUCACUUUGCAAACAGUAUUCAGAGUGUACAUAAUUUAUGGUGAAUCAGCACAUUCAACCAUUACACUCUAAAGACUGGAAAUAGACCAUUAUCUAUGCAGUUGUAAAAAGAAUACUGAAGCUGUCACCUUUAGUGUCAAGCUACUUCAUUGAAUAAAAAAUUGUACCGGUAUCAUCACUAA